AUGAGGUUGAUUUCCAUCUUUAAAAAUGUCUUCACAUUAUUUUACGCAAUCACUAACUUUUACAAAAUUCCUGGUGAAGGCGGUUUAAACAACGCAGAAACGUUAGAUAAUCUGGAUGACAAUUCUGUGCUGGCUUUCUUCUUACUCAUACAAUUAGAGGUUCCAUAUUUUUUGGAAGGGUUGUCUUCUAAAGUUAUAUAUGAGAAAGUGAUUGAUGCAACAAUAUAUUUGUUUAAAGAAGAAAUUAUUAAGUCAGGUGAUAUAAAUGAAAUAAAACAUUCCAUAGUGCAAGAUAUUAAUAAUAUUAUAAUUGGGCUAAAUAAUAUCCUCAGAGAUAUAAAAAAUGACGACGAGAAAUAUUUAAUAUGGUUAGAACUAAUUUCAAAUGAUUGUUGGAACAAAGAAAAUGGAUGCAGAAUCAUAUCCAGGAGAAACUGCUCAUUGUCUGUUUUAACUAUGCUACCUAAAAGAGGAUUAGCCAUAACAUGUAUCAGUUGCAUUAUUUAUGCUUUAAAUUAUGCUUCACAUUCUUUAUAUUUAUUUAAAAACUUUUCUAAUAUUGAAAAUUGUAAUAAUGAGAAUAAUAUAAAAUUAAUUAGUUUAAGCAGAGAAAUUAGCAUCAUAAGAGAAAAUAUAAUUUAUCUGAAUAGUUUAGAAAAGAUUUCUGUUUUAAAAAAUGUUCAAAGUGAAAUAAUAGUUAUUCAUAUAAAAAAUGGUAGUGGGUUAAUAAAAUUAUUAAACAUAGAAGGACAGGGAGCAUUCAUAAGAAUUGUUAGUAAUUCAAUAUAUGAAGUUAUAAAAAAAAGUAUCAAUGACUAUAUAAAAUAUGUAAAUAAUAAUAAUAUAUAUAAAAAUAAUGAUCAUACAAAAAAUUUAAACAUAGAUAUGAUAAAAUCUAUUACAUUAACUAUAAAUGGAUAUUUAUAUAAAGACAAUCAAAAAAAUAAAAUUUUUCGUAUUUUUGAUUUCGGUUUAUUUUUAACUGAUAUACAUUUAAAUAAAUGUAUCUCUUUAUUAAAUGGAAAUAAUAUUUUUAUUCAAUUAGAAAUAGGUAGUUCACAAACAAAUGUGCCUUUCAAAAAUGGGAAUAUAUUAAAUUUAAUUGAACUAGAAAUUAUUUUGAAUUCAUUUUUACAUUUUGGUUAUAAUUAUUAUUCUAAAGUUUUUCUGAUGUUCAAAAAAAUUAUAUAUCUAAAAAAUUUUAAUGACACAGAUGUUUUUACAUAUCAUAAUAAUCAUAAUAUUUAUGAAGAUAUGGGAAAAUGGUUACGUCCAAAUCUUAAAUCAGAUUCAAAUAAACAUAUUAAUUUAAACAACAAUAUUGUAAAUAAUCAUACAUAUAAUACUAAUCAAAAUAAUAAUAAUAAUAUAAACCUACUUAAUAAUAUAGAUGAAACACAACUUACAGAUGAUCAAACCAUUUAUUGUAUUAUUAUAGUAAAUAUUACACCUGAAAAUAAAUAUCUUUUUCUAAAAGAAAGUAUUAUUAACCUUCUAAAUAAACCAAUAUAUUCAAGAUCAUUAUCAGGUUUUCAAUAUAAAGAUAACAAAAUUAUAAAUGAAGAAUUAAUUGAAAUAUUAGGAGAAUCAUAUUAUAACUCAUUGAAUAAAUCUAAAAGAAGAACAAACGUUUUUGGUUCUAGAAUAAAUGCUAGAGAAAUUCAAUCAGUAGAAAAAUUAAUCAAACCUGGUCUGAAACUUAUUCAUAUUGCAUUUCAUAAUUUUACUUCUAUACCAGUUGAACAAAGAAAUACAUUCUAUUCUGCAAAUAAUAUGUUCUCUUUAUUUCAACAUAGAAUACAUUAUCUGAAAGAAUGGAAUCCUAAACUUUUAAUUAUUAAAAAAUUCUAUCCUGAAGAUAUGAUCAUCAAAAGUUAUAAUGUAUAUUCAUAUCCAAAAAAUAAUAAUAAAUAUUGGUUCAUUAUAUCAUGCACAGUCAUACCAUUCCUAAUUAUUAUUCUAUUAAUACUCUUGUGUAAACGUUGGUUCCCAGACAACCUAUUCUUCUGCUUCCCUUUUUUCUCAAAACAUAGAAGAAAUCAUAACAAACAAAAAAGAAAACAAAACUACAAAUAUAGUUGCUCCACAUGUAGAAAAAAAUGUUUCAAACAUAUGUACAAAAUGGAGAAGGAUAAAUCACAACUCAGAAAAAGACUUAUUCUUCAAAAAAAAAAUAACAACAAUUUGUUAUUACCACUGAAACGAAAGGAUCAACACGUGACACGAAGCAGGCAAAAGAAAAGUACAACAGCCCUUUUUUUGGAAGAAAUACAAACAAAUGAUAUAAUAGAAUGA